CCAUUGUUAACCCUUCCUUCCUUCCUUCACCUUCACUCUUAUCGGUUUCUUCCGUGAAUAUUUUUUCUUGAUCGGAAGAUACCCUUUUUCUUCUUCUUCUUCUAUCUUUAGCAUAGCUUAGCGUAGCUUAGGGUUUAUCUUUGUCUCUUAUCUUUUUCAUUUACCCUUUGUUUUUCUUCUUAUUUUAUCAUCUCUUCAUUUCACUUGUCUAUUUUCAUUUAUUGGGUUCUGCUUAGAAUUUUUAAUUUCAAUUCGGAAAAUCAUGAAAGGGAUCGUCCUUCAACAACCUCCAACAGUUGAUAGAGACGAUGAUAAGGAUAAGAAGAAGAAACGCAAACCACGACGAUCUAAACAAAACCCAUCUGUUUCAGAAGUAGCAUGUGGAUCAGUAGAUGAAACACUAGUAGAAGCAUCUGAUAUCUUGGAAGUUGUUGAACAAAAUCCUAAACAAUCUAAUGUUGAUUUCAAUUCUGUACCAACCCCCAUACAAUUAACUCAGAACAAUGGGAAUAUGCAAGAUAAACCUGUGUUACAGUAUGAUCUUGCUGGUAAUGUUGUUUCAAAAGCAUGCCCUGAGACUACCAUUCCUGAUGAGCCGAGCUCUUAUGGUAGUAGUAACAAGGAUUCUCACAUACCUCAUCAGGGUUCUCGUCACAGAAGUUAUUUUUAUCCACAUUGGUCUAAGGAAGCUGUUGAUGAAGCAAUAGUGAAAGGAAAUGUAUAUACGGCACUUUUUCGUGUGAAUAUGCACAACAGACUUGAGGCCUAUUGUAAAAUCGACGGUGUUCCUGUAGAUGUCCUAAUUAAUGGAAUCAUUUCUCAAAAUAGGGCGGUUGAAGGCGAUACUGUUGCCAUCAAAAUUGAUCCUGUAUCACUAUGGCCUAAGAUAAAAGGACCUGCUGGCGUCUCUACCCCUAUUGCCCCAUCAGAGGACUGUAACAGUGUUUCAGAAAUAUGCGAGUUUGCUACUGACAAUUGCAAGGGUAAAAAUAAAAUUGAAGUUAACAAUGAGUAUGUUAACAUAGUUCCUCCUAAGAACCCUAGUUAUGAUGCCAACAAUGGGAGUUGCUUACAAAGCCUCCCUAUGUCAGAUUGUGGUUCAAACUCUGUAAGUGGAUACAAUACACUUGCAUCAAAUACUUCAAACCAUCAUAAUCAGAAUGGAGCUAUUUGUGGAAAGGAGAAGCUUUUUUCAAUGAUAAGUUCAUCCCCAAAUAAGCGCCCUACAGGCAGAGUUGUGGCCAUUACUGAAAUGUCUUCCCGUCGAGAUGCUGUGGUUGGGUUUCUCAAUGUGAAGCAGUUAGUCUCCACUAAGGAAAACUACAAAAGAGAAGGCAGAAAAAAGAAAUUCACUCGCGAGUUCAUAAUGUUUACUCCGACCGAUCUGAAGUUUCCAAAAAUGACGAUACGGGUUCGUGACUUGCCAGAAUGCAUUAAAAGAAGAUUGGAUGAGGGAGAUUUAACAGUUGAUAUGGAACUUGUAGGUGUUUGUGUUACCGAUUGGGGAGAAGAUGAUUAUCUUCCUCAAGCAUAUAUCACCCACAUUUUUGGAAAGGGUGGAGAUAUCGAGGCACAGAUAGCUGCGAUCUCGUUUGAGAAUUCCAUACGAAGUUCUGAAUUUUCUCCCGAGUCCCUUUUGUGCAUUCCUCAAGUUCCAUGGAAGAUACCAGACGAUGAGAUACGAAGAAGAGCUGAUCUUAGAGAAAUGUGUAUAUUUACGAUUGACCCUUCAUCUGCAACAGAUCUCGAUGAUGCACUGUCGGUUCUGACUUUGCCAGACGGUAAUUUCAGGGUAAGUGUGCACAUUGCUGAUGUAUCAUAUUUUGUUUUACCAGACACUGCCUUAGAUAUCGAAGCUCAAGUUCGUACGACAAGUGUCUAUUUGCUACAUGGUAAAUUACCUAUGUUGCCCCCGUUACUUUCGGAUGGCCUUGGCUCGCUUAAUCCUGGGGUUGAUAGGCUUUGUUUCUCUAUUUUCUGGGAUAUUAAUCUUUCUGGAGAGAUUAUGAAUCGUUGGAUUGGCCGUAGUGUUAUAAAGUCUUGUUGCAAGCUUUCAUAUGAGAAUGUUCAGAAUAUGAUAGAUGGGAAUCUAGAUGAUGGCUGGUUUCCUGAGUUGCAUGGACAGUUUCAGAAAUCUGACAUUGUCGAAUCUGUUAAAAUCCUUCAAAAGAUUUCAAUGAUUUUUCGAGAUAAGAGGUUUAAUGAUGGAGCCUUGCACCUCGAUAGCUCCAAAUUGACUUUCUUAUUUGAUGAUAAUGGAGCUCCUUAUGAUAGUGUGUUUUAUGAAAGAACGGAGUCACAUAUUCUUGUUGAGGAGUUCAUGCUUUUGGCCAAUAGGACGGUUGCUGAAAUAAUAUCGAAAGCUUAUCCGAAUUGUGCUUUGUUGAGGAGGCAUCCCGAUCCUGACGUGCGGAAACUUCGAGAGUUCGAAGGUUAUUGUGCCAAACAUGGUUUAGCUUUGGACGCUUCAUCCUCGAGAAGCCUUCACUGCUCUUUAGAACAGAUAAGGGAAAAGUUGAAGAACGACUCCGUUUUAUUUAAUAUCCUUCUUUCGCAUGCUUCCAAACCGAUGCAACCUGCGAAAUAUUUCUGUACUGGGGAUUUGAAAGAGAAUGAAUGGGGACACUAUGCUCUUGGUUUUCCUUUUUACACUCAUUUUACUUCGCCACUUCGCAGAUAUCCUGAUAUUCUUGUCCAUCGGACUCUUUUGGCCACAUUAGAGGCUGAGAAAAUAUACAAGUCGAAUGGAAACUGCUUUACUGGAAUUUAUUUUGACAAAAUUGCAGCAGAAUCGGCUAAAGGACGUGAAGCACUUUCGGUUGCAGCUCUCAAAUAUGGGCUUCCUUGUCCGGAAGUUCUGGCGGAUGUUGCUGCUUAUUGUAAUGAUAGAAAAUAUGCUAGCAGGAUUGCCAAGGAUUCUACUGAAAAGGUCUACAUGUGGGCUCUUCUGAAGAAAAACGAGAUUUUAUUGACGAAGGCCAGGGUGUUGGCUCUGGGACCAAAAUUCAUGUCUAUAUAUAUUCCCAAGCUGGCGAUUGAGCGUCGCAUUUAUUACGACGAGGUUGAUGACAUUGUGCCUGAAUGGCUGGAUAUGACGUCCACACUGGUGAUAAGCUUAAACACUAAUAAGCGUGUGAACAGGCGAGCCAGCUCAGGGAAAUACAAGACCCUCGAUGAUGUUGUAUUGAUCGAAUGCCCAUUCGAGUUGAAACUGGAAGAACUGGGCAACGAGUUAGGUGAUCUUGUUGUUGAUGAUGUGGAACCUGCAGUUUUUCCUCUUACCGUAAGUCUGUUGUCAACUAUUACCAUUGCGGUUCAUGCUGUUGGUGGUGAUGAUGGGCCACUGGAUAUGAAGGCGAGACUGUAUGUGAGUUCAUAUUUGAAGUAAUAAAUUGGGAAUUUUAACAAUAAAUGGAUGAGAGAGCAUAUCGGGUGCAGAGAGUUUUUGAAGACAAAGCAUAUAAUUGUGGGAGAAAAGGUUGAUGCAGUUUUUCUAUUGUUUUGUGGGAGAAAAGGCUGAAUUUUUUAAGGCCAUUCAUUCCCCCAUUUGUUGGUGAGGUGUUUGAUCUAAAAAGAAGCUUCUGUUAUGGGAUUAAGUAAAAUUGUAAGCUUGGUUGGAUGAUGAUGGUGAACCCAGAUUGGUUUUUAAGUUUGGGUCCCAUGGCAUAUUUCCAUCAUCUACCAUCUUUUGCUAUUAUUUUGCAAUAAGACAUGAUUAUCAUACCUAGAUUUUCUUAUUUUAAUUGUGCGUUACUAUAGUUUUUAAACAUUAACUACUAUGUUAUUUCAGAACACUGUCAUUUUGGUGUAAAUUUGGAUGAAAUUUUGUUGGUAACUUUAGA